CCGGACGACGACCCGUGAGCAGGUUGUCUCGCCGUGGUCGAGAUGGUGUUGAAGCCCACGCGUCUACCCCCCAACAAGAAGACGAUCGAGGAAGUGGUCCUCACUCGCAAGAUUACAACUGCCAACUCUGGUACAACAAGGCAAAUCCAAUCCCAGCAGCAGCCCCACCACCACCACCCCGACACAACUAGUACGCGACAGCCGCGCUUGGUCCAAUCUGCGGCAACCGCGACGACCUCUUCUCCAUCCCUCGUCCACGUCGAUGCGUUUCCACUGGACCGGCCACCACCACUGCUCACAACGCAUGACGUCCAGCACCUCCAAACGCACCUAAAUCGCCUCAACGAACGACUGCAGCACCUCGAAGCCACGAAUGCGCUGCACGAACCACUCCAGCACGACCUGGCUCAGGUGACCCUCAUCCAGCCACCAGUUCGACGCGAUGCCGACCCCAAACUCACUGCCAAGGUCACACACGCCGUGAAGGAAGUGCAUGCUGUAGUACAUCGACUGGACCGCGUCUUCUUUGACAUCACGUCGGCCGAGAACAAGCGCAGCCACGCCGCCACCGUCCUCGUCGCCGCUGUCCGCGGCCAUCUCGUCCGGAAGCGGUAUGCGGCUGCCAUGCAAUUCCUCGGCACGUGGCGGCUCCGACACGCCAAGACGUUCCUGGACUGCAUCGUGCGCUUCAGCAUGCGGACGUUCCGCGUCGACGUCGGCGUCGACGACAUGCUCGAGCGCGGACGCAUGCGGAAACUGCGCUUGUGUGUGGACGAGAUGCGAGACAUGACCAUGUUGAAGCGACCGGGGCGGCGCGCCCAGACUUUACAAGUGGACACCCGGUACAAUGCCAAGCGACGGGUGCUGCUGGAUGAAAUGUUUGGCAGCUGGAAAUCGGUGGCCAUCGGGCCUCGCUCUCGCAAACGGAUGGUCGAGGCGUACCGGUCGCGGCUGUUCAAAUGUCGCGCCUACUUAGAGUCGUUGCUCCGCUAUGACGUGAUUACGCCAGACAUGGUCAAAGCCGAGCUGCAAAAAGACUCGAUUCGAAGUAUCCGCAGCCAGUCAGUGUACCAUCGAUACCGCAUGUACUUUCGGCUAUGGGUGACAUACAUUUGGAAGCCCAUGAAGGUGAACGCUGCCAAAGCGCAUGCAUUUUGUCGGGAAAAGACCGUGCUCAAGGUCGGUGCGGCGUGGGUGGCCCACUUCCGGACGUUCCAACUCGAGCGGGAGUUGCAGAAAGUGAGCGACCGCCGGACGUUCGACAGGUUUCCGCAGUACUACAACAUCCGCCGCAUCGAUUUUCAUUACCACCGUACGAUGCAGCGCAAGCAUUUUAUCGCGUGGACCAGUCUCCAUCGACGGUGCAAACUCGUACAAAAACGGUUUGAAAAGGCCUCGCUGCGCAUGUUGUUGCAGCUGGUGCGGGCGUGGCGGCUUCGAGCUACCUACCAACAUCGGCUGCGCGACGCCACCGUCCGCGAGUGGAAUGCAUAUUGUGUUCGGGUGUUCAAGGUGCCAUUCCAAGCGUGGGUGCUGUACAUUCUCCAGCGGAAACAGCGCCAUGUUACCCAGGACAACCUCAUCCGUGCCUUCCACCGCCGUCAGCAUCGCCAUACGACGUAUUCAUUUUUCCGCAUUUGGAAGCACCAGACAUUGUUUGGGCACGUCGAGGGCAUCCACAGCCGCGUAACGCUGAUCCAAACCCUGGAGCAGCAAAAGGCGUACUGUUUGUCCUUGGAGGACAACGCCGUGGGGUACCAACGUGUGAUUGCUACGUUGGAAGCGUCGUUGGCCGACGAAAAGGGACGGCUGCAAGCUAAAGAGGCUGAACUCGAGGCACUGCACGCCCACACCCAAGCCACCCGGUUUGCCAUGCACAAUGCCGAGCAACAAGUCGCGCGCACUCAGAGUCUACUGAAUGCCGUGAGGGACAUCCACCCCGGAACCAUCCGCCGUAUCGAGCGCAUGUACUCGGACGAGUCGAUCCUGGCCGGCGAUUUAAAAGAUGUGAUCCACCUGCACAUUCUGCGGACGUCGGAAGCGCAACAGGCGGCGCUGGCCGCGUACGAGCAAAACGUACUACAAACACAUAUGCACGCAGACAACGCCGACGACCAACUGCUUCUACGACGUGUCAAGUGGGUGCUCAAUCGCCUAAGACUCAACUACGACACGGUUGCUGACAUGCUGCUGGCGACCCCCCAAGACGUCCAGGCACUGAGCUCGCAAAUGCACCAGCUGCACGCGCUGUACGAAUUCUUGCGCAGCGGGGACACGACGUCGCUAGUGGAGGAGAACAUUCCGCUCACCAAGGAAUUGCACGUGCUGGAGGCGUCGCUGGCAGUGCCAGGGGAAGACAGAGGGGGAAUGGUCUUGGAGAGUCCGGCGUUGUUGGCCACGGACGACCAGUGGAGCAAGUUCGUGCAGGACGUGGCCCAGAAGUUCCCCCCCAAGCGAUUUGUGCCCAUUCAAGACCGCCUCGUCAGCUACGCGUUGAACCGGGUCGAAGAAAAGCGACUGGCGCAAUGGGAAACCCAGAAACCCACGAUUUACAGCCGUGUGCAAGGGCAAGCCAAGGCAGCUGGGGGCGAUGGCAGUUGACAAUGUGCCUUGUACAGAGCGUGGGGUUCAUUGGGGGGGUCUCUGUAUGAGGGGAUUCCUUGUUCGCGACUUGUCAAUGUACUUGUAUAAAGGGUUCCAAUCAACUAUCGACAGUAGUUGUUGACAUCAUUAGUGUCGAUAUACAGCUGAAAGUGUCGACAAUAAUGGUGUAGUCGAUAAUUAGUUGGCUAUGAACUAUCGUGC